AUGGCCGACGUGAACAAUGAUGAGAUUCGUCAACCCAACACUCAGGGUAUUAUUGUUCCACCUCAGCAAAGUAAACAGGCCCUACUAGAGCAAAACGAGGCUAAAACCGAGAAAACAUUGAUUCGAAGCAGUAAACAGGCCCUACUAGAGCAAAACGAGGCUAAAACCGAGAAAACAUUGAUUCGAAGCAGUAAACAGGCCCUACUAGAGCAAAACGAGGCUAAAACCGAGAAAACAUUGAUUCGAAGCAGUAAACAGGCCCUACUAGAGCAAAACGAGGCUAAAACCGAGAAAACAUUGAUUCGAAGCAGUAAACAGGCCCUACUAGAGCAAAACGAGGCUAAAACCGAGAAAACAUUGAUUCGAAGCAGUAAACAGGCCCUACUAGAGCAAAACGAGGCUAAAACCGAGAAAACAUUGAUUCGAAGCAGUAAACAGGCCCUACUAGAGCAAAACGAGGCUAAAACCGAGAAAACAUUGAUUCGAAGCAGUAAACAGGCCCUACUAGAGCAAAACGAGGCUAAAACCGAGAAAACAUUGAUUCGAAGCAGUAAACAGGCCCUACUAGAGCAAAACGAGGCUAAAACCGAGAAAACAUUGAUUCGAAGCAGUAAACAGGCCCUACUAGAGCAAAACGAGGCUAAAACCGAGAAAACAUUGAUUCGAAGCAGUAAACAGGCCCUACUAGAGCAAAACGAGGCUAAAACCGAGAAAACAUUGAUUCGAAGCAGUAAACAGGCCCUACUAGAGCAAAACGAGGCUAAAACCGAGAAAACAUUGAUUCGAAGCAGUAAACAGGCCCUACUAGAGCAAAACGAGGCUAAAACCGAGAAAACAUUGAUUCGAAGCAGUAAACAGGCCCUACUAGAGCAAAACGAGGCUAAAACCGAGAAAACAUUGAUUCGAAGCAGUAAACAGGCCCUACUAGAGCAAAACGAGGCUAAAACCGAGAAAACAUUGAUUCGAAGCAGUAAACAGGCCCUACUAGAGCAAAACGAGGCUAAAACCGAGAAAACAUUGAUUCGAAGCAGUAAACAGGCCCUACUAGAGCAAAACGAGGCUAAAACCGAGAAAACAUUGAUUCGAAGCAGUAAACAGGCCCUACUAGAGCAAAACGAGGCUAAAACCGAGAAAACAUUGAUUCGAAGCAGUAAACAGGCCCUACUAGAGCAAAACGAGGCUAAAACCGAGAAAACAUUGAUUCGAAGCAGUAAACAGGCCCUACUAGAGCAAAACGAGGCUAAAACCGAGAAAACAUUGAUUCGAAGCAGUAAACAGGCCCUACUAGAGCAAAACGAGGCUAAAACCGAGAAAACAUUGAUUCGAAGCAGUAAACAGGCCCUACUAGAGCAAAACGAGGCUAAAACCGAGAAAACAUUGAUUCGAAGCAGUAAACAGGCCCUACUAGAGCAAAACGAGGCUAAAACCGAGAAAACAUUGAUUCGAAGCA